GUUGAGUUGUUGUGGAUAUAUGGAGCUGAUGCAGGCCAGUUGAAUGCUAUCGAUUUGACUCCGUCUCAGGUUGCAAAGCUUGAAAAUCAUACUGAACUUGCUGCAAGGUUGGAGGAGCUGCAGUUUGAGGUCACCAAUCGCAUGACAAUGUUCCUGUGUGGGCGACGACCGGAUCACUCCAAGCAGCAAUAUUUCCUUAUUCCCGAACUCACAGGGCAGAAUGCUGAAACGGUGGAAAUGAAGUCAGCAAGGCGUCAGCUUCGUUCCCUCCCAUCGUACUACUUUGAGCGCAUUGUGCAGGAUGUUUACGAUGAGCCGAAUCCAGAAUUAUCAGCAACACGCAAUCAGCUUCGACAGAAACUUGCCAAAUGUGAUAUGCGAGCCUUUGCAACUCUCAUCAUUGAUGUUCUCAACGAAGCUAAGCGAAGGUACUACGGUUUGCCACUGUCAUGUGACACAGAUGAUUCCAUGGAAACUUUGUCGAGAAAACCUGCAAAUAGUGUGGAACAUUCAAAUGCCAACUCAGUGGGUGUUUCUGAGAUGCUAACACAUUUGCAGUCUAGCGUUGACCGUUUGAAUGCGGAUAAUAUAGACCUCCAUGAUGAACUCAGGAAAGUACAAAGUACAUGUACAUUGGCCUUGUCGAGGCGAAAAUCCUCUCCAGCACCGGUCGUAUCACCUGGCUCAUCGAUUUCAAGCUCGAUGAUCAGUAAUAACAGGAGCGUUCCACCCAUCUAUCAUGCUUCGAGCGGGAAACCGCCUCUUGAACCGCAGAAUGCAGACUUACAUGGGAUUUCUGGCCGGCGAUACGGUAGCGGCUUUGUUUCAUCGUCACCUGGUGGUAGAGUAGUCUCCCAGCAACGAUCUUUUUCACAGCGAUCAGGUGCUCAACAGCAACAGCAGUCAGACUACAAUAUGGGGAACGAAGCAGUUGACCCAGGCAUAGAUUCUCUCUGUCGCAAUCGGAAUGAAUUUUUGGAUGCGGCUGAUCGAAGAAUUGACGAGGAAGAAUUACACGGCACGUAUCGUUGUACAGAUGGUCAGUGA